AUGGAGAGACCACACGAUAAUGAGGCUGUUGAAAAGCAGCUCGACUCGGAUUACAAGCAUCUCGACCAUCCUCCCAGCAAGGUCAGCUCCGAGAUAGAUGCCGACCAUGGCUUCACCGAACAGGAGCAGCGCAGCAUCAUCAAGCGCAUUGAUCGUCGUCUGGUUGUGACUGUCGGCGCCAUGUACUGUGUUUCGCUUAUGGAUCGAACCAACAUGAGUGCUGCCAACAUUGCUGGUAUGAGUGCUGAGCUUCAACUCACUGGUUUUCGAUACAACAUUGCCAACUUGGUCUUCUUCAUCCCAUACAUCAUCUUCCAACCGCCCUCGACUAUCCUCAUCCGCAGAAUUGGUCCCCGUUUCCACUUGGCUAUCAUCACUAUGCUCUGGGGAGGAGUCAUGGUUGGCAUGGGUUUCGUUGAGAAGUUCCCUCAACUUGCGGCUCUUCGUGCGGUUCUUGGUUUCUUCGAGGCUGGUUUCUUCCCCAGCUGUGUCUACCUGCUCAGCACAUGGUACACUCGAUACGAGGUUGGAAAGCGAUACUCGGUCUUCUAUCUCCUCGGUUGCGUUGCCUCAGCUUUCUCCGGUAUUCUCGCCUACGGUCUUAUGCAGCUCAACGGUCGUGAGGGUCUCACCGGUUGGCGCUGGAUCUUCAUCAUCGAAGGUGCCUUGACCAUCGCCCUUGGUAUCGCCGGUUACUGGCUUCUCGUUGAUUUCCCCGACUCGAAGCGCAAGACAUGGUCUUUCCUCGGUGCCCGCGAGCGUCAAUGGGUCGUCGAUCGCAUCAGCCGUGAUCGUGGUGAUACCGAAAUGCCUCCCUUCCAGCUGGGCAAGUUCCUUAGCGGCGGCGCAGACUGGAAGGUCUGGGCCUACGCCAUGAUCUUCUUCGACACUACCACCAUCAGCUACGCCCUUGCUUAUACUCUGCCUAUUCUUCUCGUUGGAAACAUGGGUUUCAGCGUUGGAGCUGCUCAGUGUCUGGUUGCUCCUCCUUACGCCUUCGCCGGUAUCGUCAUGUUCGCUACUGCUUGGGUUGGUGACAAGUACCACGUUCGAGGUCCCUGCAUUCUCUUCAACAUGUUGCUCUGCCUCAUCGGACUUCCCAUCAUGGGCUGGGCUGAGAGCGCGAACGUUCGCUACUUCGGUGUCUUCCUCGUCACUGCUGGUGCCAACAGCAACAUCCCAACUGCCAUGUCAUUCCAGGCCAACAACAUCCGAGGCCAAUGGAAGCGAGCUUUCUGCAGUGCCACCCUUGUCGGCUUUGGAGGUUUCGGUGGUAUUGCUGGUAGCUUGGUGUUCCGUGAGCAGGAUAAGAUGACGGGAUACAAGCCUGGCAUGUGGGCCUGCAUUGCCUGCUGUCUUGUCACUACCAUUCUUGUUAUCCUGCUUGAUUUGGACUUCAAGAGAAAGAAUGCUCAGGCUGACAGGGGUGAGAAGAUUCUGGAGGCUCAUGAUGACGAUGCCACUGCCGAUUUCCGCUACACUUACUAA